AUGAGAGAGGAUGUAGAGCAACGCCCAUCAAAGAGGCAGCGUUUCUUCACUGACAGUCCAUCCUCACCUUUACCUACCAAACCGCGAGGUACAGACGCGUCUUUGGCUCAUUGCCCGGAACACGAGUAUCGUACGGAUCAUGUCGCCACACUCGAGCCUCCGUCGCUUGACCGCAUCCCAAAAAGCUCUCCUAGAUUGGAAGACGAAAUAGAUCAGCAGCAUACAGGAGUUCAAACGACGGAAAGCCUAGGGUUACCCAUUGCGGACGCUGCGCCUACUCCUUCUCCUCCCCAGAAUGGAAUAGACCGACAAAUCGAGGAGGAAGUGACUAUCAAUACAACUGCAACAAACACAAUCCCAGAUAUCUUCGAUGUCGACCUUUUCACCAGUAUCGUGGGAGAGCAACUACCUGCCGAUUCAAUCAAAAUCAUUCAAUCAGCUGCUUCCAAUAAUCUCGAGCGAGCUGUAAACAUAUACUUUGAUGGAUCAUGGAAGAAGCCUGUGCAGAUAAAUGGCAACGUCCCGGCCAGAAGCCGGAAACCCGCUCUUCUGGUACAGCCUAGCCUUGAGACGCCAGUUGAAAAUGAAUCGGUACUGCGACAUCAGCCACCAGCAAGGUAUGUUGGCGCAUUUGGUGUGGGAGCAUGGGCAACGAGAAGUGGCUUUGGAUUUCUCAAGCAUGGGGACCCCGUCAACAUCGAACGCGCUCGCUCACAGCCAACGAUGAAACGUGGCCGAGGAGGCAAAUCAUUUAUUAAUAACAAAAGUGAUGUUCUGACUCGGUUCACGAACACCUCUGGGCAAGAAAUCGGAAGGCUGCCACUUGAGACUGCUGAAUGGGUUUCUACGCUGAUUGAUCAGAAGAUCUGUCGCUUUGAAGGAGUCUGUGUGUUCGUGCCCGACAGGGUGCGAGUCAAUGAUACUAUAUAUUUACAACUCCGAGUCUACUUGCGAAAAGAAGCCUUUCAAAGCGGGGCAUUGGCUGCUUUGAACACUGAUGACAACAGGUCCACUGGACUUUUUGAAGAGAAGGAGAGCACGGAGGAGAAGAAUCUGCGACUACGCCAAGUCGGUCUAGUGAAAUUGUUUCACGAAAUCAAUCUUCAUCCUACCUCGACCAACCCAACUACAGAAAAGCACAAAAGAGAUGGCAUUCUGCGUGCCGCCGAAAUUGCAGAACAAUAUGACAACACAAAGAAGGAAAAGGACAAACUGAAAUCAAACAAGGAUUCCAACGACUCAUCAGGCGAGGACGACAGCGAAGAACUGGAAGAAGAUCAGCUUGAUACGCUGUAUCAAAAAGCCCAAUCAUUCGAUUUCAACAUGCCAGCGGCAGAUCCAGCAUCUAGCUUCACCCUUGAUCUGCGCAAGUACCAGCAACAGGCCCUUUAUUGGAUGCUGUCAAAAGAGAAAGACUCAAAGCAAACUCGAGAGAAGUCAAUGCAUCCGUUGUGGGAGGAAUACACUUGGCCCAGAAAGAAUGUUGACGACAAAGAUUUACCACAAGUUAAGAACAUUGACCAUUUUUAUGUCAACCCGUAUUCGGGGGACAUCAGUGUUGACUUUCCUGCUCAAGAGCAACACUGCCGAGGCGGAAUCCUGGCUGAUGAAAUGGGUCUGGGGAAAACCAUUGAGAUGCUCAGUCUGGUACAUUCGCACAGAGUCGAACCUGAUCCCCGGGUUUCGAAUGGUCUCAACUCAGUGAAUGACCUUGCUAGGAUGCCGAACGCUUCUGGGGUGGUGCCUGCGCCGUAUACUACUCUGGUCGUUGCACCGACAUCUUUAAUCUCUCAAUGGGAAAGUGAGGCACUCAAAGCCGGGACGCUGAGAGUCCUUGUUUAUUAUGGGUAG